UGCCAACAACAUGCCCAAGCAGGUCGAAGUACGGAUGCACGACAGCCAUCUCAGCUCGGAGGAGCCGAAGCACCGGCCUCUGGGCCUGCGCCUGUGUGACAAGCUGGGGAAGAAUCUCCUGCUCACACUGACCGUGUUUGGUGUCAUCCUGGGGGCAGUAUGUGGAGGGCUUCUCCGCUUGGCAUCUCCUCUCCACCCUGACGUGGUUAUGUUAAUAGCCUUCCCAGGGGAUAUACUCAUGAGGAUGCUAAAAAUGCUUAUUCUGCCUCUCAUCAUCUCCAGCUUAAUCACAGGUUUGUCGGGCCUGGAUGCCAAAGCCAGUGGACGCUUGGGCACGAGAGCCAUGGUGUAUUACAUGUCCACAACCGUCAUUGCCGCAGUGCUGGGGGUCAUCUUGGUCUUGGCCAUCCACCCAGGGAACCCCAAACUCAAGAAGCAGCUGGGACCCGGGAAGAAAAAUGAUGAAGUGUCCAGCCUGGAUGCCUUCCUGGACCUCAUCCGAAAUCUCUUCCCUGAAAACCUUGUCCAAGCCUGUUUUCAGCAGAUUCAAACGGUGACCAAGAAAGUCCUGGUGGCGCCUCCAUCAGAUGAGGAAGGCAAUGCCACCAAUGCUGUCAUCUCAUUAUUGAACGAGACUGUGACGGAGGCACCUGAGGAAGCGAAGGUGGUUAUCAAGAAGGGCCUGGAGUUCAAGGAUGGCAUGAAUGUCUUAGGUCUCAUCGGGUUUUUCAUUGCUUUUGGCAUCGCCAUGGGGAAGAUGGGAGAGCAGGCCAAGCUGAUGGUGGAAUUCUUCAACAUUUUGAAUGAGAUUGUAAUGAAGUUAGUGAUCAUGAUCAUGUGGUACUCUCCCCUGGGUAUCGCCUGCCUCAUUUGUGGAAAGAUCAUUGCAAUCAAGGACUUAGAAGUGGUUGCUAGGCAACUGGGGAUGUACAUGGUCACGGUGAUAGUGGGCCUCAUCAUCCAUGGGGGCAUCUUUCUCCCCUUGAUUUACUUUCUAGUCACCAGGAAAAACCCUUUCUCCUUUUUUGCUGGCAUUUUCCAAGCCUGGAUCACUGCCCUGGGUACCGCCUCCAGUGCGGGAACUUUGCCUGUUACCUUCCGUUGCUUGGAAGAAAACCUGGGGAUUGAUAAGCGUGUAACCAGAUUUGUCCUCCCAGUUGGAGCAACCAUCAACAUGGACGGUACAGCCCUUUAUGAAGCAGUGGCCGCCAUCUUUAUUGCCCAAAUGAAUGGCGUUAUCUUGGAUGGAGGCCAGAUUGUGACUGUGAGCCUCACGGCCACGCUGGCGAGCGUCGGUGCGGCCAGUAUCCCCAGCGCGGGCCUCGUCACCAUGCUUCUCAUCCUGACGGCUGUGGGCCUGCCAACGGAGGACAUCAGCCUGCUGGUGGCUGUGGACUGGUUGCUGGACAGGAUGAGGACUUCAGUCAAUGUUGUGGGUGACUCCUUUGGGGCUGGGAUUGUCUAUCACCUCUCCAAGUCUGAGCUGGAUACUAUUGACUCCCAGCAUCGAGUGCAUGAAGAUAUUGAAAUGACCAAGACUCAGUCCAUUUAUGAUGACAUGAAGAACCAUAGGGAAAGCAACUCUAAUCAAUGUGUCUAUGCUGCACACAACUCUGUCAUAGUAGAUGAGUGCAAGGUAACUCUGGCAGCCAACGGAAAGUCAGCCGACGGCGGUGUUGAGGAAGAGCCUUGGAAGCGUGAAAAAUGAGGAUAUGACUCUCAGCCAAUUCUUGAAUAA